GCUGAAGCUUUACCUACCUAGAUCACCAUCAACCUCAACCUUUGCAGACGCCGACGAAUUAUCCGACUACGGGCCUAUAAUUCAAAAAGCAAAAACUUUAAAAAGGCAUAUCUCGAUACAUAAUAGGUGCAGCUAUGGCCCAAGGCGAUUCGGAGCGGUUGAGGGAGGCACAGAAAGCAGCGUCGUCGAACAAUCCUUCGGGGGCCGAGCAAAUCUACAAGGAGAUCAUCUCAAAACCUCCAUCUGUGACAUCCGAUGCGGCUGUCAAGGAAUAUGAAACUGCAUUGAUCAGCUUGGGGGAGCUGUAUCGGGAUCAGAAGAAUUCCAAGGAGCUGGUCGACCUCGUCACAAGGAGCAGGACCGUCCUCUCGUCCUUCGCGAAGGCUAAGACCGCAAAGCUGGUUCGCCAGCUUCUCGACCUCUUCCAAGACAUCCCAGACACCAUCGACAUCCAGAUCUCCGUCACCAAGUCAUGUAUAGAGUGGGCAACAUCAGAGCGCCGAGGUUUCCUCCGACAGAACCUCGAGACACGCCUCGUGGCGCUUUACAUGGCAAAGCGAUCCUACUACGACGCCCUGACGCUGAUCAACGGCCUUCUUCGCGAGCUCAAGAGGCUGGACGAUAAGCUCGUCCUGGUGGAGGUCCAACUGCUCGAAUCCAGGGUCUACCACGCGCUGGGAAACAUCGCCAAGGCCCGGGCGGCGCUGACGAGCGCGCGGACGAGCGCGGCGUCGGUGUACACGCCGCCGCUGCUGCAGGCCAACCUGGACAUGCAGAGCGGCAUGCUCCACGCCGAGGACAAGGACUUCAACACGGCGUACAGCUACUUCAUCGAGGCGCUGGACGGCUACCACUCGCAGGACGAGCCGCAGCGGGCGCAGACGGCGCUGCAGUACAUGCUGCUCUGCAAGAUCAUGCUCAACCUGGUCGACGACGUCAACCAGCUGAUGACCUCCAAGCAGGCCAUGAAGUACGCGGGCCAGUCCCUCGAGGCCAUGAAGGCCAUCGCGCGGGCCCACAGCAACCGCUCUCUCGAGGAGUACGAGCGGGCUCUGGCGGCCUAUAAGACGGAGCUGAGCAGCGACGCCUUCAUCCGCAACCACCUGAUCCGGCUGUACGACACCAUGCUGGAGCAGAACCUGAUCAAGGUCAUCGAGCCCUUCAGCCGCGUCGAGAUCGCCCACAUCGCCAAGAUGGUCGGCCUCGACACCCAGCAGGUCGAGCGCAAGCUGUCGCAGAUGAUACUCGAUAAGGUCAUCAUCGGCGUCCUCGAUCAGGGCGCCGGCUGCCUGCUCAUCUUCGACGAGACCCACCGCGACGAGGCCUACGACUCGGCCCUGACCACGAUCGAGAAGCUGAGCAACGUCGUCGAUGUCCUGUACACCAACCAGGCGUCGAUGCUCGAGUAAGGGGUUAUUGCUGAAUGGGUGAGGACGAGAAGGGGGGCUGAGGUUUCGGGUCGCUGGGCUUUUUGGUUCGGGCCAGUGACGCUGUAAUACUAGGACAUAGAGAUAGUGGCUCGAUAAGAAUAAAAACAGAAGGCGACACUCUUAUUUGGUGGUAUCUCUUUGCUACUGUUCAAGUAAAACCGACAAUGACAAGUCCCCUCCCAAACGCCAGGCGAUAACCUCCAACGGGAACGCCACGCAAUCAUUUUACAACAUAAUUUCAAGUCGCACACAUUAUACGUUGUAUAAUAAACCACAACAUUACCA